AUGCGAUUCGCCUUGUUCUCACUCCUGCUCGCGCUUCUCGCCGCCUUCGCCAUGGCAGUCGCACCUCAAAAGAGCGUAGUGAUCAGCUAUCCAAAAGACACCCCUCAAAGCGUAGUAGACCAGGCCAUGGAUGCCAUCCGCGAAGCUGGCGGCCAAAUCACUCAUACGUAUAGUAAGGGCUUCGCCUGCAAUGCACCCGCCGCUGUUCUGGAACAGGUCCAGGCUUGGGGCAGCGAAUACAAUGCACUCAUCGAGGAGGAUCAGGUUGUCACGACCAACAACAAAGAAUAGACUUCGAUGGCCAGAUGGCGUUGAGGGGUGGGCGGAAACGUAAAAUUGUACUUUUGUAGUCCAUGGGAUUCAUACCUCGUCAUACUUAUGGUGUUUUUGGGGUGCAGGAGUUUCCUGGAAGGAAUGCAGCUUUGGCAGGAGCUUGGUUCCCGGCAAUCGUGCAGAGGCAGGGCCGGGCGGAUGCUUUCGUUUUGCAGGAAACUAGGUUAAUGUUUUUGUGGAUACAUGGAUCACGAACAGAGUGGACGUUCUGACCUUGCGCUUGCAUAACUAUGCUGAUGAAACAUGAUGGAUUGGGCGACUACACCCGCUGAUUCCCCGCCAAAAUGGAUGAAUGGGCGAGUACGUGUUUGAGGCACGCGCAUCGUUUC